GGGUCGGAAAGCCGUUUGUUUGUAAUUUCUUGAGUCGUGACUCGUGACGAUUCCGAUAAUCCCUCUCAAUUCACAAACACGCCCAGAGAGAGAGAGAGAGAGUUGUGGAAAUGGAAGAAGGUGUUGGCGCCAUCUUUCUCGACUCCAAUUCAGAGACUGUCGGACUUGGAGGUACAAAAGCAAAGAAAGUGAAAGUGCUGAAGGGAGAUUCCGUUCCUGUUGGAACGGAAGUGAGAGCGAACGUGGGAGCUUCCCAGAACAAAAUUCUUGCUGACAUAAGCAACUUUCCCCAACAACCAAAGCAACACAUCUCUGUUGACCACCUUCUCAAGGAAAAGGAAAUUUUGAUCAAGCAUCUUGCUACUAGAGAUGCCGUUAUAGAAUCGUGUAAAGCUGAGCUACACAAGUGUCAAACCAACUUUCAGAAACUAAGGAAGCAAAAUGCAGAACUUGCCCUCACAAAUAGUCAAAUGCUGGUGGAGCUUAAUUCUAGUAGACAGAAGCAAAGGGAACUUCAGCUUGAACUAGGAAGCAAAAAUGGUGUACUCAAUGCUAUGAGAUUAGAAUUGACGCUAAAAAAGCAAACAGUUAAAUCGAAGCAUGAAACUGAUGCAAAUGAGGUGAGAGCAUGUCAGAGUAAGCAGUCAGAUCAGUCAUUGCAAGAAGAUAACAAGGGGAAUGCAAAAAGGAAGAGAGUGUCCAAAUCUCAAUCUUCUGCACCUGCUGUCAUUAAACAAGUCAAAUCCACCAAAAAGGUCGAGAAUCAGAGGUAUAGUUUGCGAAGGCAAUCUGCAGGAUUGAAAGCUGAAAAACCUGAACCAACAAAAGAUUUCUUGGAGGUAGUUGAUAUUUCACAUCUACAAGAAAAUUCGGCCAAUGAAAAUGGACCAGCAUCAUUGGGGUCCAAGGUCCAUGAGGAAGCCAGAGAAGCUACUGAAUGUAACUGUACACAACUUGUUUCAUUUUGUUACUUUAUCUUUCAGUUUUGCUAUAUCAAGCCUUGUAUAUAUUGUUUGUAUGCAGCUUCGAGACCUACUAACCCUGAACAAGUUCAUGUUAAAAAGAAUGUUGAGAAGAAGAGGCAGAGUAUGAGAAGACAAACUAACAGGUUCAGGCCAGAGAAUCCAGAACCAGCUGAAGACUGCUUUAAGACAGAUGAUGCAAAAUUUAAUGUCUCCCAAUUAUCUGAUAAUAUGUCAGAAAAAAAUUGUCCAACAACAUCAACUGUAACUUCUGAACAAGAAAAUGAUGCCUGUAUAUUUGAGCCUCAGGAAACUCGUAGAUCAUCUGUUGGGCGGCCAUUGCGUCGGACAGUUGAGAAGAUUGUGUCCUACAAGGAAGUUCCAGUUAACCGGAAGAUGCGCAGAGAUAAAUUAGGGAUUUUCAUAUCAGGUUCUCACUCAGUUACCAAUAACUCUGUAUAGAAGCGUGAUGUGGAAACUGCAAAGCAUGAUAUGCCCUACGUCCGGAUGCUAUAGUGCAUGGUGAUAGGGUUCUAUUGAACUUUUUUUUUUAAUAGCUUCUUGUUUAGGGCUUUGCAUCAUUGAGAACUGAUGUACUUUAUUAUGAUCAUCUUUAGAUGAUAAAUUGAUAAUAUUUGAUCCAUUUGUUGAUUUC